CGUGCGUUAACUAGUCUCAACGCCGGUUGCUGAGGACCAAAAUCUGAAUACGGAGACCAAGUUGCACUGUCGGGAAACCGACUCCCGUCACUGGAGGCAGAUAUGUCGUACUGCAAGCAGGAAGGGAAAGAUCGUAUCAUCUUUGUGACUAAAGAGGAUCAUGAUACACCUAGCAAUGCUGAACUUGUAGCUGAUGACCCUGACGACCCCUAUGAAGAGCAUGGCCUAAUCCUGCCCAACGGAGAGAUCAAUUGGAAUUGCCCGUGUCUGGGCGGCAUGGCCAGCGGACCCUGCGGGCAGCAGUUCAAGGACGCUUUCUCCUGUUUCCACUACAGUAAGGAAGAGGUGAAAGGCUCAGACUGUGUGGAGAAUUUCCGCAGUAUGCAGGAGUGCAUGCAAAAGUACCCUGAGCUUUACCCUCAGGAGGAUGACAACGAAAGCACCCCCUCUUCUGGGGCAGAUGCUUCCCCUUCUGAAUCGACUCCCGCUGAGGCUCCGCCUUCCCCUACGCCUGAUUCCGCCACUGACUCUGCCGACAAGGCAACCACAAACGACCAGGCCGCCAGUUAACAUUAUACCCUUUUUCAGUUCCAUAGUGUAGAAAGAAUUGUCCCGAGUGCUAAAAAAAAUGAUAUCAACAACUUAUGUUCUCUGAGUGCUCCUUGGGGCUAACUGUUGAACAAAGACGAUUGAAACUGCACUGCACUGCAGCUAAAAUUCUUUCCCUGGCAGAGAUCAGGCUGUAGAAGAACAUCUGAAGAAAACUGAAAAUACAGAGUGCAACACAGGGACUGCUGUACACCUGAGUUUUUAUCAGAAACUACACUCAAACUUAAGACAGUAAAUAAGUUCUACAAAGGCUUAAAGUGCUAAUGAUUGUGAUUCUCACACUUAUUAGUUUACAACCAGGAUGGGUGUUGUACUGCUUGGAUAAGAGCUACAGUGGAAUUUUGCCACUGAUUUGUGCUGUUACUGAUCAAUUAAGACUUAUCUUGUGGCAUUCUGUGUUUCUGUGACUGUUGUCUUUGUCAAAGAAAGCGAGUGACCACAGCUUCAACCAUGGUUCCUAUGUGCUUUUAAUACACGAAUAGCCCUAUGAUUUUAAGAGUUAAGGAAUCUAAUCAUGAUGGAAAAGAUAGCACCCAAUACCUAUGCAAAUUUGCCUAAUGAGAAAAUGACUACUCAACCAUUUUUGCUUUGCCAUUGGUUUCAGGUGUUAAGUUAAUAGGGAAAUGGUUUUGUUGCUCUUAAUGAAAAGAUCUCUUUGCCUGACACAACAGCCUCAGGCUCUGGUAGAACAAAAUCAUUACAUUUUUAUCAGUUUAUAUUACCUCAGUAAAAUCAUGUCCUGUGGUGGUUUGACAGUUCACAAAUGUCUUUCAUAUCCAAGAUGCUUUUCAUCAUCCACAUCAUUCAAAGCCUUAACAGAAUCCUCAUCCUUUUAAU